AUGGUAGAAGAAGAGAGGGUCGUAUUUACUGCCAGCAAGUCUAAGUCCUCAGUAACAUUUGUCCGGAGCUGGACUCAACUCGUUGGUUGUUCUGGAAGUGUCGUCAUCCCUGGGGUGCUGCUAAAGCUAUGCCCUGGAGGAUUUGUCCGCCAGGGAUGCCCCCAGCGAUCACGGGGCACUGUCCAGGGAGGGUCCGAAAUAUACGGAGUGACGGGCGGACUCUCCUGCGUGGAUCCAGGAGCCGUGUCUGGGGCAUUUGGUUGUCGGCGUCCGCAGGCGGCCCAACACCUCGGCAUUGUUCACCAUCACAGGAACGCCAGGGCACUUAAGGAGACGUUUCAUCAUCUCUGCUUCGCAAGAGAACCGAGCUCCAUCCACAGAGGAGAUGGACCGGUUGCGUCAUCGGAACCACCAGACGGACUGACGGGCGGACUCUCCUGCGUGGAUCCAGGAGCCGUGUCUGCGGCAUUUGGUUGUCGGCGUCCGCAGGCGGCACAACCCCUCGGCAUGGUUCACCAUCGCAGGAACGCCAGGGCACUUAAAGAGUCGUUUCAUCACCUAUGCUUCGCAAGAGAACCGAGCUCCAUCCACAGAUUCCUCCAUGCCAUCGUUCUGGAGGUUGAAAUCCCGCAUGGGAUAGACUUAUGA